UUUGAAUGGCACGAUACGUAACGGUUAACCUGAACGGCCGGUGCUUCGAACUCAGCCUGGAAACAUGCCAGCAAAUUCCUUUGCUGCGGAAAAGGCUGACAGGAGGCCGAGCAAAGCGGUGUUCACGCUGGGAGGACCUUUUUGCCGUUCAAACUCAACCAAGACCUGAUGAACCCUCGUCCAAAACUUCCGUCGAAGAAAUGAUGUCAGAGAUUUUUUGUUUGUCAGACCAUCCUUCUAAACUUGUGGAAGGUGGGGCUGAGAGAAAUCCCUUUCCAGCAAUCGAAUCCGAAAAGGUCCUUCGUUUCGAGAGGAGCGCCGCAGUCUUCGAGGCCAUCGUGGACUACGUGCAGAACGGAGAGCUGCACGUCCCCAGCCACCUGUGCCCCAAACUAGUCGUCCGUGACCUCACCUUCUGGGGCUUCGAGCUGGACGCGGUGCAGGUGUGCUGUCUGUCCGGUAUUCUCCGCUUCCUAAACGACCAGGAGAAGCUGGCAGAGUUCCGCAACUCCACUCAAGCCGGAAGCCGUGUCAGUGUCGCUUCUCCAGAGGUUAAAGGUCGUGUGAAGCGACUCCGCGGAGCAGUGUGGCGUCUCCUUGACGACCCGUAUUCGUCAACGCCUGCAAAGGUAAGCGGAACGGGUAUCUUGGUAUUUUCUACUGUCUAUUUUCAUGUUCAGACUAUCCAUCGAAAAGCUGGCCCCGAGAAAAGUGAGGUUUCUGACAUCUCACCCCACCGACCUGAUAAGGCUUAUUUUUGUCUUGUCUUGUGUGCCAUACUCUCCUCCUUCUUCGUGAUGGCUGCCCAGACGCACGAGUACUUCCACACGGCUCUCUCCAGCGAGGAGUGGAAAGUUUAUCUAGGCAGCAAGUUUCAUUUGUUCUCCCAAUAUAUUCCAACAGACAACAAGGACAUUGUCCAAGCCAGCAAAAUAACGGAUGGAGCCAAUAACGAGACCGUUGUGCUGCCUUGGCUUGACCGGCGGCCGCGAUCUAUCGUGACCUGGUUGGUGAACCUUGGCCACACUUCGCUGGCCGUGCUGAGCCUGGACUUUCUCCUUCGCCUCCUCUUCUGCCCCGGGGCGCGCCACUUCUGCACCGACUUCAUCAACAUCGCGGACGCCAUCGCCCUUUUGGCGUCGAUCGUCAAGAGCGUCAUCGACGGCGUCAACCCCGAGAACCGUUUUCACGCCUCGCUGCUGGACACCAUCAACGUGCUGCAGCUGCUGCGCAUCCUUCGCUUCCUGCGGCCCAUGUCCAAGGUGGUUGGGUUCCGUGUCUUGUACUUCACGCUCAGGUCCAGCUGCAAGGAGCUGCUGCUGUUGCUGGGCCUCGUGCUCUUCUUGGUGAUGACCUUCGCCUCGCUGCUCUACUACGCCGACGACCGCACCACUAUGAAGUCCAUCCCAGACGCCAUGUGGUACGCCCUGGUUACCAUGACGACGGUGGGGUACGGUGACAUCGUCCCGACCUCCAUUCAGACGAAGAUCAUCGGGUCUGCCUGCGCUGUGGUCGGUGUUGGGGUCAUCUCCAUGACAAUGCCAGUCAUCGUCGGGAGUUUCCUUGAUUUCUAUAACCAUUCCAUCAUCUUAGCGUUUUCCUCUAAGCAAAGGAAGAAGAAGAAAGAGGAAGCCGGAAGUGGAUGGAAGAAGGACACUGAUCGAAAAGUUGUGCGUUUUACAGGCCAAAGUCCGGGACAGGAAAAAUUGUUUCAGGUGAUCGACCAUGCCAGCACAGCCAACAAAUGUGGGAAGGACAACUGGAUUGACAGAUGUAAGAAGGAGGCACAGGCAGAGUCAGAUAUUUACCUAUCGUCCGUUGUUUCUCUCCCUCUCUCUGUGUAUCCUCAGGUUUUCCUACUCUCCUUCAACAUGUCGUCCACCCCGGUGACACUGAACGUGACAGGUACACAGUUUAAGGUCAGUGCAGGAACCUUUGAAAAGCUCAGACUGUUGAGUCCGGAGAGCAGGACUAUGUUGGACGAGUGUGUCCUGCCCGAACGCAAGGGAGAGGUUUUUCUGGAGCGACACCCGGCUUGUUUUGAGGCUCUGCUACACCUGUGUGUCCACGGCGAGCUUCACAUGCCACCCGUCGUCUGCCCGCAGGUGUUUAAGAAUGAAAUGCAGUCAUGGGGCAUCAAGCUGUCUCGCCUGGAGAAUUGUUGUUAUAGUACGAUGAUCACCGUUCUUGAAAACCAUGUGGCUGUAGCAGAGUUUGAAGCGGACAAUAGGGAAGAGAUUUCUGAAGACUUCGGAGAGAAAGGUUUCCGCUGGCAAGUUGCAAGAACUCGGAUGUGGAACAUGCUAGAGAGGCCGAGUUCAAGCGGAUGGGCCAAGGUGUACUUUUGCGCGGUCGUGGUAUUCACCUUGUUCUCCUUGUUCACCUUCAUCGCCUCAACCCACAGCGCCUUCCUUCGGAACCUAAAGAAAAGUGAGUGGGAGGAUUACCUUGGAGACGACUUCAGCGAUUACGAGGAUUUUCUUACAAAGCGGAAUGUCAUCGACGAUGAGGAGGACAAUGUGUCAAAUCUUUCUCAGACAACAGCAGGAGGAAAUGUUUCCCUGAAGUAUCUGUCUGAAGAAGAGUUAUCGAACAUCCGAGCUCGUUUAGCUUUUCUGGACUACGUGGACUACGUGACGGUGACGUUCUUCACGCUGGACUUUGUCCUGCGUCUGCUGCUGUGUCCAGGCCUGACCAACGCGCGGCUGAACGUCUUCACGGCGCUGGACCUCGUGGCCCUGGUGGCCAUGUACGCCACGCUUCUGGUGGACAAGGUCCUGCCCAAGGAACACUACACGACCUCCGCACUGGACUCCAUUGACGGUCUUCAGAUAUUCAGGCUUGUCCGCAUCUUCAGGCUGCUGCGAGAUGUGAUGGGCUUCAAAGUGUUGUUUCAUUCAGUCAAGUCUAGCCUCCACGAGCUGUUGCUGCUGGUGAUGUUUCUCUCCUCCGGCGUGCUGCUCUUCAGCUUCCUGGCGUACUGGUGCGAUCGCUCAGCCAUGAAGAGUCUGCCGGAUGCGUGCUGGUGGGCCAUCAUCACCAUGACAACGGUAGGCUAUGGUGACAUCUACCCGAUCACCUUCCAGGGAAAGGUCGUGGGGUCAAUGUGCGCCGUCAGCGGUGUGCUGCUCAUAGCGGUGACCGUCCCUGUGGUGGUCAACAACUUCCUGCUGUUCUACAGCUAUUCAAAGGUCGUGUCUGCUCGGGCCAAGGAGGACCAAGUGCACACCGAGGACAACCUCACCUGUAGCCAGACUAUCGGUGGUUCCAAUAAAAUACACGUUCUACCCCAGUCUUCAAACAAAGCCAAGCCACAUAAUAACACAUCAAAAGCAGCAAACGUGGUUGUAGAUGUUGGGUGAACCUGACUCCAAUUUGAAGCAAUCCGCUUUCCACACUACAUUGACUCAUGCGAAAUAUGAUCGCUUCGAAACUGGAUACCGGUGUAUUGUGGAAGACGGAUGUGACCAGAAGCAACAACCCCUAUGAUGUUUUAUUUGGUACUGAAAGACUUUGGAAGAAAACUAAUUGACUGGUUGUCGAAAAAAAAUUGAGAGUUCACGACAGACGAAAUCGCUCAACCUUUCUUGAACAAAAAUAUUCUAAGCAAACCGGUUCUUUUACUUUCUUUUAAACUUAAUCCAUUGCAUUUCAUCAGAACUAACCCCACUCCUUAAUCCCUUUCGUGUGCACCCUGGUUUCUCACGAACAUUAUAAAUCAAAUAUGUAUUGCUCUCAUCCCUGUAGCCCCAUCAGAAGCCCACGUGUUCUGUUCUCGUCUGUGUUUGAAGUGACUAAAGUGAGUCGACGGCAAACAGAUGGGGGAGGGAGAGGUUACACACCCGUGCACACAAAAUCCUGAUUAAUCAUCUCUUCCUUGUAGGAUGCAGGGUGUGUGUCUCUCAAAUACCUUAGUGUGUAUGAACUUCCUGUUUCUAGUCACGCGGUCAUUGUCGUCGUCAGUUCCUGUUUCUCCCAUUGUCUGAAAGGGAAUGUUUUGCUGAUUCAUUCGAUUUUGAUAUUAAUACAAGAAAUGUGUGAUCUUAUGUUAGAACUAAGCAUACCCAUCGUCAAGCACUGUCAGAAAAAUUGUAUUAAUAUUGUAAGAUCUUGUUGUAUGUACCCUUCACCAUUUUUCUCUAGUAUUGUGUGAUUUUUAUGUCAUUCUUCUUGCUGACAUCAAUUUCCUCAGUCUUUCUUAUUGAAUCAAACUGCUGCCUUCUAUUUUUAACACUGAAAGAGAAGUACAGCAAUUUACGGCAAUUUGCUCCACUCACUCUUUUCCUUCAACCUACUUUUUCCGGCAUUCUCUAAUUCACAUCCUCAGACAGGCACAUACAUACAUCCAUUCAUACAUAUACAUACAUAAUAUGGAUUUUAUAUAUCACGUGCUUUUCGUUGAAGGUGUAUGUAUUUGUGUUUACCAGCCCCGAAUACUUUAAUGGAACUAUCAAAGUCAAUGUCAAAGUCACUAAUAAGAAAAGAAACCCGGAUGUUUUUUCGCCACAUCACCUACUCUAAGAACUUAUUACUAAAAUUUAAAAAAACGUAAUUUACUAGCCGUUUAUGGACUCUGUAAGUGUAGUCUUUAUUAUCUGCCUACGGGUAGCCUUGACAUGUGUUCCUCACCCGCUUGUUGUGCUUACCAAUGCUUGUAAAAUGAGUUGAGUGUUUAGAGACAUUUGUCAAGGUUUUGCAAUCGUUCAUGUUUCCUUUCUCAAGAAAAAAAAAUUGAAAAUGCAGUUUAAGCACAAAUUGUACAGAAAAUGUAUCGCUUCUUACAUUAUUAACAUUAGUGAGCUCAGCUCACUCACGUUUGCCUCAAAGACGUCGGCGGAAUCUGCAAACACAGGGUUGAGUUUGGUGAGAAAGUGUGUAGCGGUUUCUGUUGGAUUCUUGUUGCUUAACUCAACCUUCGGUUUAACGGUUGUAGCACAGAACUUUUCAGUUUGAGUACUCGGUUUUCUACCCGGAUGUAAAAGUCCUUCAUGACUGAGUGCAUGCAAACCUAAACCUACUUAGUACACAUGACAAACACAGAUUCCUAGAAACUGGUUAGAGACCCGUUAUAUCUAUUAUUACUUCUAAGCCUGUUAUUUCAACCUUACACGACUUGUAUUUUUGCAUUUGUCCUUUUUUUUAUUAUUAUUAAAGUAUAUGAUGUUU